AUGGUGGUCUGCAAAUGUCGUAAGGCCACCAAGCUAUACUGCUUCGUGCACAAGACGCCGGUGUGCUUCGACUGCAUAUGCGCUCCCGAUCACCAGCACUGCGUGGUAUGGCAGUACUCGGACUGGGUGAACGACGGCGACUACGACUGGCCGCCGCACUGCGCCGUGUGCAGCGAGUCCCUCGAGGACUCCCACAAGCCCACCAUCCGCCUCUCCUGCCUCCACGUGCCGCAUGCGGAGUGUGUGAAGAGGCACGUGGAGUCCUUCCCGCCCAACACCGCGCCAGCGGGCUUCACAUGCGCCUCCCCUGGUUGUGGCCUUGAGAUAUGGCCAGCCAGGUCGCACAAGGACUCUGCCUCUGCUCUCUACACGCACCUCAGAGCACUCCUGGCUCAGACAUCUGUUGCCGACGUCAUCCUGAGCGCGCCAGUCACCUCUGACCCAGCAGCAGCCACAGCACUAUCAGACAAACCCGCGCCGCCCGCGUUCGCCUCCGGCCCUCUCGCAGCGGUGGGGCGGGCGGCAGACUCCGCGAGUGCAGGGGCGGAGGGGGAGGCCCGGGGGGAAGCAGGUGGGGCAGUGGAGGAGAGGAACGGCGGGGAGGGGGAGGGCAGCGGGGGGGGGUCGUCAGGAGUAGCAGCAGCGGCUGUGGCGGCUGCAGCAGCAGCAGCGGCAGCUGCAGCUUCAGCUGGGGCCAAGCGUCAACCACAGCAGCAGGGCGGGGUGAACAUUGCGCGCAGCCGGACGGGCGGGUCGGAUCGCACGGCGGUGGACAUCACAGAGGAGAUCGAGACGGCUUACCGCACCGAUGAGGAGGCGGGCGACCGCAAGUACGCCAGACGAGGUCCGGCGCAUCUGCAGUUCCUGAGGUUGCUGGGGUCGUGGUGGUCACCAGCGCUGCACGCGCUGCCAGUGACGCUCACAGCCACGCACUCGCACCGCAGGGACAAGGACGAGCAUGCACCCGUGGGGGCGCACGAGGACGGCAGGCGGAGAGCGGGGCAGCGGCGCAGCGGCGGUGUGGACCCGCGGAAGCUGCUGCUCAUUGUGGCCAUUGU